AUGGACCGAAUCAGUGGCCAGCUGCCUACAGUGCUCAUGCUUGCACUUGGUGUUGUCGGCUCGCUAGUUUCAAUAGCGUGGUCCUUUUUGAGGCAUUGGCGUAUCCGGAAGAACAUCGAGUUUGAGAGUAGAAGGCAGUAUUUCCCCUUGGACUUUGACAAUUGCAAGAGGUUCAGGGUGAUGAAGCAGCCCGGUGUUGCCUGGGAGUACGCCGUCAUAGACCUGACUGGGAGUGUUGCGUAUACCUUCCACAACCAGGUGAUGCAGUCGUGGUGGAGAUGGCUUUUCUACGACAAGUGGACUCUAACGGAUAGCCAGAAGAGGGAGAUUGCCCUGAUCACAAAGUUCCGUCUCAACUGGCUCGAUGAUCAAAUGGUGUUCUUUCUGAGGGAACCACAGGGCCCUUCGCUGAUGAACACGGCCAGUGCUACAGAGCCAACUCAUAUUGGCACGCAUUCGCCUGCUCGGCCACUCGUGUAUCCCGUUGGCUACAGUAUACCAAUAACACCUUAUAUUGACCCUGAUUUGACGUCAAACAGGGCGAUUCACAGGCAUGACUUGGGCCCUACGGUUGAGAUGCCGGUGCCCUUUGACUUGUUGAAGCCAGACCAGAGAAGCUCACACAAGUUGAAGAUAUACUACAACGCUGAACGCCGUCAGGCAACGUUCCAGGUCUCCAGAGGCAGCAUCAGAUACAAAUGGGUUGCGAACGGCUACCUAUACAAGUUUGACAAGUUUGAAGUUGAUCCUACAAGCAUCCCGGUCGCAUUGGUCCAGGUUGGAGGCAUUGCAAAGAACCCGACUGAAUUCAUGCUCUACGUCAACGCUGAACUCAUCGACGAUACAAGUGUGCUAUGUACUGCCCUUGUUGGCUUCCUCAGUGGCAUUUGGACCAAGAAGAAGUCCUCCUAUAAUUGA